AUGGCGGUAGCGAAGUCUAGUAGUACUUCAACUUCGAGCAGCAACGAAACAACGAGAAUCACCUACACGGCCGGUUUCCUCAACCCGCCGCACAACACCAUUGAGGCGAGGUACGAAUUCGAGCAAUUCCGCCUGAAAAUCGCGGAAAUGUUCCUCUACGGGCCGCUCCAAGUCGGGACGAAUCACGCAAGAUUUCAGAACCUAACCG